UUUUUUUAACGUGUAUAAGGAAGCUAUGGUUUGACAGACAAGUUCACUAAGCAGUUGUACGACUGCAUUGUAGCUGCCUGGGUUUUCCCAUGUUCACACAACCUUCAAGGGGAACAACUGUGAACUCCACUCUGAAACAAAGUGUUUAUUCUUGGCUGUACCACUGCCUGACCAUGAGGUAUCUUAACUUUAGCCUUAAUCAGACUUCUGAGUCUGAUUUUCUCAUCACCAACGGUACUGUGGGCUACAAACAGGUAGGCGCUGCUGUAUUUCUAAGCAUGUGCUGCUUGGUUGGAUUGCCCAGCAACAUUGCAGUUAUCAUCACCAUCGCUCGUCAAUGGAACAGACGUAUGAGUUUCACUCUGAAGCUAAUGCUAAACCUGGCUAUAUCUGAUUCUUUGGUUCUCACUCUGGCUCCUUUUGGAGUUUCUGGUUUGCUGUAUGGAUGGACUUUUGGCCUUUGGUCAUGCAAAAUUCUGAUGUAUCUAGUCUACUGUGCUAUGUAUGCUAGUGUGUUGACUGUGACUUUGAUGGCUGCACAUCACUACCACACAAUUAAGUCAAAAGUUGCUGAUCUCAGUGCACUGGAAAGACUGCAGAAGGUGCGUAGACACUUACUGUUAAUUGGGCUCUGGAGUUUAGCCACAGUUUUUGCCUUGCCCAUUCUUUUCAUUCAAAAUGUUCAAUUCAAGAGGGGAUCUUCAAGGUGCCAGAGGACCAUAACAUCACACUCUGGAAAGGUUACAGUUCUUGUGUUAGAGGUCCUGUUUGGAUAUGUCCUCCCUUUCAGCAUUAUAGCAGCAUCUUACUGCUGGAUCUGCAAGACACAGCUACAAGGAGGGAAAAAUAUUAGGGAAAGGAAGCAGAGAAUGAGAAGGCUUGUAAUCAGUAUUGUCACAGCCUUCUUUCUUUUCUGGACACCUGUACAUGUCAUCAACAUGAUUGACAUUGCUACUACUCUAACUAAGGCAUCGUCUCCAGCUGUCUAUACUCAGCUGAAAUUGAUUCGCAGAGCAACGGGAGAUUUGAGCAAAACUGUCUGUGUACUUAACUGCUGUGUGAACCCUUUUCUGUAUGCAAUUGCAUCAGGGAUCUUCAGGAAAAAGAGGCAUCACCAUGAAACAGAAAACAACACAGACAUUACUGUAACAAAUUGAGUAUAACUAAGUAUAAAUGUUUUUCAUAAUAAUCUUGAAAUACUGUUGGAAGAUAUUGUGCUGUUAUUUGCUUGUAUCAUUCUCAUUUGUAAGUCGUUACAGUCUGUUAAAGUCUGUUUGGAUUUAAUGCAUAGAUCUUUAAAGUUACAGUUACAUAAUUAUCUUAUUGUUUAUAAUUUACUGUCUGUUCUUAUCUGUUAUCCUGUUAGGGUUAUCCAUCAUGUUACUGAGACUGUAUUUUCACCUUGCAAAAUACUGGAUGUAUUACUUUUAGACUGAGACUCAUUUGUGAUUCUCUAUCUAGGUUUGUGUUCAUAUUAAAUGGUGUUUAUACUAUUUUAUUUUAUGCAGAUGUUUUAUUAACAUUAGUAUUAUUAUUGUUAAACAGUUGUGUUAUAUUUUAUUGCCUUCACUAUUCUUGAGGAACCAUAUCCUUUGUGAUUUGUGUGGUCCUUUCUUACAGUGUCUUUCACCACCAGCCAUUCAUUAUAGGGUGUAUGUGGCUAUGAGGCUAAACUGUUGUGUUAUAUUUUAUUGCUUUGUGAAACAUUUUCUGAAUUUAUCUAGGAAAAUGCUAUGGAAAUAACAGUGUGCUUGCUUUCGGUAAAGAAACAUUUUCACUUUCUUAGAACUGUUCACUUCCUUAAAACAGACUGCUUUCAUAUACCAAAAGUGUUUAACCAAAUGUUUGUACCAUUAAAGCCAUCAAUAAAUGGUAGAACCUUCACUAUUCUUGAGGA